AAGUUUUACGGAAAUAAAAUCUCAAGCCCUAAUUUUCUCCCGAUUCUUCUUCUUCUUCUCGGCGUCUAGCCCAUUUGAACGAUUAAUCCAUUUCAUUAUCAUUCUUCUCCACAAGUGACAUUCAUUUUCUUAUCAAGAUCUUGCAGGAGUCAUCAGAAAUCUGUGAAGCUAUGGCUACUACAGAGACUGUGUUAGGUGGUAUACGAUAUGCUCCUGAAGACCCCACUUUGCCCAAGCCUUGGAGAGGAUUAGUUGAUGGGAAAACUGGAUAUCUUUACUAUUGGAAUCCAGAGACCAAUAUCACACAGUAUGAGAGACCUGGUGCAUCUUCACAAUUAGUGUCUGGUCAGCCACAUAAGACAUCUGCACCUAUAAGCUCUUCUGUUCAAGUCCAAAAAUCUUCAGAUGGGCAACUCAAUGGCAAUAAUUAUGAUAAUGGCGACAAAUUUAGCAGAGGGGAUGGAAAUUCAAAGCAUGUUUCUGUCACACGGAGUGUUCAGAAUUCUAGAGUGUUAGAGAAUUCUCACACUGUUGCAAAUGGACUACCUAGUGCUGGAUAUGGAGAACCAUCUUCCAAAGGUCAUGGAUCUUUGAGCUCUGGAAAUGCUUCAUCUGCUGAUUAUUGUCGUCGACAUGAGAUUACUGUCAUGGGAGAUGAUGUUCCACCGCCCAUAACAUCAUUUGAAGCUUCUGGAAUUCCAUCUGAGAUGCUGAGGGAGGUACAGCUUGCUGGUUUCAGUGCCCCUACUCCAAUACAAGCACAAUCUUGGCCGGUUGCUCUCCAAGCCCGCGAUAUUGUAGCCAUUGCCAAGACAGGUUCAGGGAAAACUUUAGGUUACUUGAUUCCAGGUUUUAUUCACAUCAAACGCAGCCGUAGCAAUCCACAGCUUGGUCCGACUGUGCUGGUGUUGUCACCUACAAGGGAGUUGGCUACCCAGAUACAGGCUGAAGCUGUUAAAUUUGGCAAAUCAUCCAGGAUAUCUUGCACGUGUCUAUAUGGAGGAGCACCUAAAGGUCCCCAAUUGAGAGACCUCGACAGGGGUGCAGAUAUUGUUGUGGCUACACCUGGGCGUUUGAAUGAUAUUCUGGAGAUGAGACGAGUGAGCCUCCGUCAAGUCUCCUAUUUGGUGCUAGAUGAGGCAGAUCGCAUGCUGGACAUGGGUUUUGAACCACAGAUAAGGAAGAUUGUGAACGAACUGCCUUCACGUCGUCAAACCCUAAUGUAUACAGCAACAUGGCCCAAGGAGGUUCGCAAAAUUGCUGCAGAUCUACUUGUUAAUCCUGUCCAAGUCAACAUUGGAAAUGUUGAUGAGUUAGUUGCAAACAAGGCCAUUACUCAGCAUAUUGAAAUCUUAUCUCCUAUGGAGAAGAACAAACGUAUUGAGCAGAUUCUUCGUUCACAAGAACCAGGAUCUAAAGUCAUUAUCUUCUGUUCUACCAAAAAAAUGUGUGAUCGCCUUGCCCGUGACCUGACCCGCAAUUUUGGAGCUGCUGCUAUACAUGGAGAUAAAUCUCAGGCUGAUAGGGACUAUGUAUUGAACCAGUUCCGUAAUGGGCGAUCACCUAUCCUUGUUGCCACUGAUGUUGCAGCUCGUGGAUUAGACAUCAAAGACAUCAGGGUUGUUAUCAACUAUGACUUCCCCACAGGAAUAGAAGAUUACGUGCACAGGAUUGGAAGAACUGGGAGGGCUGGUGCCACAGGAAUUGCACAUACAUUUUUCUGUGAGCAAGAUGUGAAGCAUGCCUCCGAUCUUGUCAAAAUUUUGGAAGGUUCAAAUCAGCGUGUCCCUGUUGAACUUCAAGGUAUGGCCAUGCGUAGCAAGGGAAUGGGAAGAGCCAGACGUCCGUGGGGCACUGGUUCUACUGGUCGUGGUGGAAGGAUUGGGUCUGGUUACGGUGAUAGAGACAACAACAACGGAAGGGGCGGUGGUAGGUGGGGGCCACCAGUCCAAGAUCGAGGUGUUGGCCGUGAUUCGCGAGAUUGGAAUGGCCGCAGUUAUGAUAAUGGAAACGCUCCAUCCAGUCUUGGCAUACGUGGAAGGAGUAGGAGUCGCAGCAGAAGCCCUAACAGAGUAGGAGGGUCAGGGUGGGGUCGUAGCAUUGACAAGGGUGGGCUAACAGCCCGUGAGCGGUCCCCACCCCUAAAACGGGUGAAAGAUGAACAUUACCUUCCACCAUCCCGUUUUACAGAAAACAGAAGCCCUUCUUAUAGAAGUGAUCCCAUGAGAGAGUUGGAAGCUGAAAGAGUUAAGAAACCAUUGAAGGCAACUUCUCCUGCGGUUGGUGGUGGUCGUGGUGCUGCUGUUACCGCUGCUUAUUAUGGGGAGGAAGAAGAGGAAGGUAUGAUUCAUGACGAUGGAGUUGAUGAUCGGAAAAUUCAAGUCGGUAAUGGAAAUUAUUGAGAAUAUUAGUAGUACUAGUAUAUGUAUGGUGUUGUUACAAGGAUUAAUUUAACAAGGAUUAUUUUUGAACAUGUAAGAUGUUGGUUUUUUUUUUUACUUUAUUAUUAUUUUGGCAUUUUGGUUUUACCUGCCAUAUUAUGUAGUAGUGCUUAUAAAUUGAAACAUACUAUAAUCUGUGUUUGCUUUAAUUAAUGGAUACUAUUCUGUUUUAUUUAA